ACGAAACAUGUUUCACACUUUUGCCAACAUGAUUGUGAAACCCAAAUGUGCAUGACGAGUUCUGAUGCAUCACAGCAACUUUUUUCAUAUUUUCUUCAGCUCGUACAGCGGUGUCAGCUACUACUUUGAGUCAUCACUGGCUCUGAGCAUCAGGACACACUUGAUGUCUGCCUGGUCCUCUGGGAUGAUUGCAAUCAACGGAUGUGGGUCACUUUACCAGAGACUCAACGUGGAUGUCAAAAAUAGGCUGGCUGUUGAUCUUUUCUCUGCUUCAGGCAACACUGUGCAUCAGCUCAGGGAUGUUGACCCAGUGGUCCUGGCCGUCCGAGGGGGGGAUGCGGAGGCUGUUAAGAAGCAGGCGGCAUCUUCCCCUCACAGUCUGAUGAGGGAGAACAAAGAAGGCUGGAUCCCUUUGCAUCAUGCAGCCUUCAGCGGACAGCAUGAGUGCUUGAGGACCUUACUGAAUGCACAUCCAGGUUCUGCAGACAAACGCACUCUGCAAGAACAGACAGGCUUGCUGCUCGCUGCGUCUGGUGAUCAUUUGCCGUGUGUGAAGUGUCUGCUGGAGUCUGGAGCUGAUCCUGACAUCAGCAACAAGAACAAAGAAAGCCCUUUGUACACAGGCAAUUACUGUGCCACUGCAGCCUGCAGGUUGGACAACGUGGACAUGGUGUGCCUCAUCCUCUCGUUCGGGGCCUCCGUGAACCAGAGGUGUGCUCAGGGAUGGACAGCCCUUCACCAGGCCGUAUCCAGGAACAACACAGCGACGUGUGACAUUCUCAUCGGAGCCGGGGCCACGAUAAACCCCUCGAACACCUACAGCAUUACGCCGCUCAUUGUAGCAGCUCGGCUGGGACGCUUGAAAGCACUGAAUUACCUCAUUGGAAAAGGUGCUGAUGUGAACAUGCAGACUUGCGAAGGUAUCACGGCGCUGCAUGAGACCAGUAAAAAUGGCCACAAGGAAAUUGCGGCAGUGUUGUUGUCCAAAAAUGCAGACGCAAAUAAGACGACUGACUCAGGAUUACUCCCUCUGCAUGUUGCAGCUCAACAUGGACACCAAGAGGUGGUGCGCCUGCUCGUCCCUGUGACGAGUCGCACCAGGCUUCGGCACAGCGGGAUCAGCCCUCUGCACCUCGCAGCUGAGCACAACAGGCCGCAAGUGGCAGCUGUGCUCCUCAAGACAGGUGCAGAUGUCAACGCCACACUGGCCCCCGCGCGCUCGGCACGCUACGCCGAUGGACGCACGACAGCCCUCGGCUUCGCCGUCGCCAACGGCUCCACGGAGACCGCCGCGGUGCUCCUGAACGCCGGCGCCGCCACAGGCCUGGACCCCGUCAGUCCUCUGUUGCUGGCAGUGCAGAGGGGCAGCGUGGCCACUGUGUCACUGUUGCUGCAGAGGGGAGCUGACGUCAACGCUAGAAUGCCGUCCUGGGCUACGACGUUCCCUCCGGUUGUUGCUCUCUGCAUGGAUAACCUGCCUCUACUCAAGUGUCUUCUGGAUAACGGCUGUGAUGCCCUUUCCUGCUUCUCCUGCCCAUAUGGUGGAGGUCCUCAUCCAGAACAAUCCCAUAUUAGAAAUAUUGGCAACCUGUCUUCCUUAAACUCCAGUGGGCCAGCACAUGAAGUAACACAGUUCUGUGAAUGGAUUUCAUCAUCAUUCAUGAGGAAAUGGGCCGGACCCAUCGUAGACUUGCUGCUGGAGCACGUCGCUCAUGUUCAACUGUGCAGCAAACUCACUCAACUCCUUGAGAGCCGCCACGAAUGGUUCGCUGUGAAGAGGAAGUCGUUGUCCCCUCGUCCACUACGUCAUCUUUGCAGACUGAAUGUUCGCAGCCACGUGGGCCCGCACAGACUGAGAUCCCUCUCAAGUUUACCUCUACCAGGACGACUGAUCGCAUACCUCACUGCGAUGGACUGAUGACAUUAAGAUGACUUCACUUGGCAUCUCAGUCAUUAAGUACAUUUAUAUUUGUCUGUGUCUUUUUGAAAACCUAAUAUAUCUCAUCUGUAUGAUAUGUAUAUUUAUAAACCCUGUGAUGUGGCUUUCUCUCCUUAUGAUUUGAUUUAUUAUGUUAUUCUGAUUUCACAGGAACCCUCAGUGAAGGGUAAAAAUUAACUUAAGCCCACGGGACCUCUUGUGGGAAUUGUUUAUUUAAGAAAUGAAAGCUGCUGUAUCAAACAUUACUGUGACUAAGAAAUUCAAUUCUACUCCUCACAUUUCUAUUCUCAUAGAUUAAAGAGACCUUGAAUAUGUUUUUCUUUUUUUUUUUUUUUAAACAAAGAGUGGUCUUUAAAAAUGUCCUAAAAAUAGAAACCUGUCAACUUACUGUCUGGCAUCAGAGAAAGAGAGAAUGAAGAAGUGCAUUUUAGUCCUCUAGGAGUGAACAAAAAUAGACCCAAGUAUUCCAUUAAGUGCUUGAGGGUGAGUCUCAUUAUUGAUUGCUGAGAUGAACACAAUUAGUCUUGUUUACAUUUUAAAUGAAGCCAAACACGCUGAAGAUAGGAGAUGGGAUGGUGGGCUUGGUGGGUAUAGGUUUGACCACCACGUGAGUCUGAAUCUUCUGUCCGUGCGGCUGUUCUACUGGCUCGGGCUCGGCCUUGCACCACAGUCCUAGAGCUGGAUGGGGCACCACGAUUUGACCGUGGAGAAUCUGCUGUUGGUGCUGAUGGUGUUGGUGGAAGUGGAAAGGGCAGGAGGCGCACACGCUCAAGCCGUGGUGAGAGUUCCGCUCCAAUUUGAGCGCCUCUCUGGAGAGCGUGACCUCGGCAUCCUCAUCUUGACCUCCCUUCCUGUGUUCUCUCGUCUCCAUCGAGGCGGCGUGACUCUUUCUCAGUCCUGAGUGGGAGUUCUCCCGCUUGCUCAGCUUGGGUUCCUCCCAAAAAGAGGCCGGGAGCUGGCGUUUCCUCAUGGGCACCUGCUCCACAGAACCCCCCACUUUGCCCGCGCUCGAUUGCACACCGCCACCGCUCUUUUCCGGCCCCGGCGGACCCUGCAGACCCGCAACGGGCUUGGCACACUGAGCGGACCUGAGCGGGUGACAUCUUGGCACUCGGGAGUAUUUCUGAGAGAAGCGCUUGAGCUGUUUCUGCAGGUACUUCCUGUGGUCCACCGAGCGUCUGCACGGGGCCGACUUAUCCAAGGCCGCCUUGAUGUCGCUGGAAGCCAGGUUCACGAAAUUCAGCAACGUUCUCACCUCGCUGUCUGCAUUUGCCAUUUCAGCCAACACUUAAAUGUUUGUUCUUGAAUCAGUCCAUGUUAAAAAUGGUAGUCCAUCUUGAAAAAUCUGUAGGUCGAUGAUAAGGGAUGUGUGUUAA